GCAUCGCCAGUUCAGCGAUCUAGAGAGAGAGAUGGCACAGCCGAUGCACUAUGUUCUAUGACAUGCUAUGCAUCGACGAGCUGUUUUCCAUAUUGAUUCUGGCGUCAUCGUCAACCACGGUCUCUUUUCUCCACGAUCAGAACCGACCAAAUCAAAUCUCUCUACCUCAAGCUAUCUCUAGCCUGUAAGGAUCUACGCUUCUCUUCUUGGAAACAAUACUUUGGUAAUUCCCUUUAGAGACGACGAGAUUCUCUAAGGAUUGAUUGAUUGAUUUCUUGAUUCUUCCAAUUAUGGCCUUCGUCCACCUCCAUCUUCUUUGAAUUCGUUUCAAUUGUAUGCAUAGAGGAAAUGGCUGCACAGAACGUGGAUCUGUUUGAUGCGUACUUCCGAAGAGCAGAUUUGGAUAAGGACGGUAGAAUCAGUGGAUCUGAAGGCGUCACUUUCUUCCAAGGCUCAAAUCUGCCAAAACAAGUCCUCGCCCAGAUAUGGAUGCAUGCUGAUCACAACAAAACUGGUUUCCUAGGAAGGAAUGAGUUCUACAAUGCCCUUAAACUUGUUACUGUGGCACAAAGUAAGCGAGAGCUAACCCCAGAUAUUGUGAAGGCAGCGCUUUAUGGUCCUGCUUCAACUAAAAUUCCUGCUCCGCAGAUAACGUUUGCUGCUCAACCCACUUUACAGUCAAAUUCUCCAGUGGGCCAGCACAUAGCACCAUCUCCUCAAAAUGUUGGCUUAGGAGGGCCACAUGUAGCUCCUAAUGCCAACAUGGGCCAGCAGUUUUUUCCUUCUCAACAAGCACAGUCAGCAAAACCACCUCGACCCAUGCAUACUCCUGCUAACUUCCAUCCCCAGCAGGCUUCUAUCACACCUUCUCAUCCUCCAAUCACAAACAGCUCUUCUGAUUGGCUUGGUGGGGUUGCCAAUGUGCCCUCGGGGGGAGUAUCUUCCCAAAUUUCUAGCAGAGGAAUUGCUCCUGCCCCUAACCAGGUGGGAUCUGGACCUGCAGUUACUGGUUUGCAACCAACACCACAGCCAAUAAAAAGGGAUAGUCCAAGCAUGGCAUCUCCGCAUGAGGUAGGAAAGGAUCCUAAACCGUUGGUGGCUUCUGGAAAUGGAUUUAUGUCUGGCUCAGGUUUUGGAGAUGCAUCUGCUGCAUCCUUUUCUCAACCUAAGCAGGAAUUUACGGUGCCUGCAUCUUCUGCCAGUGCUUUAACUAGUCCAUCUAACAAUAUUCCAGUUUCUACGGGGUCUCAAAUGACAAUCAAGUCAGGGGGAGUUGGAUCUCCUCAAGACUUAUUUACUCAGCAAUCUGGAGGAAAUCAAUACCAGCAAAUUCAGACAACAGGGAAAGGAAACACACUAGCCCCUUUACAGAGUAGCGCAGAAAAGACUUCAACAAGUUAUGGUUUUGUUGCAGGAGCUGGAAACGUGACUACUGCUCAAUCACAGGCUCCUUGGCCAAAGAUUACUCAGUCUGAUGUUCAAAAGUAUACUAGAGUAUUUGUGGCAGUUGACACUGACAGAGAUGGAAAAAUUAGUGGUGAACAGGCACGGAACUUGUUCUUAAGUUGGCGGCUUCCACGCGAGGUUUUAAAGCAGGUGUGGGAUCUUUCUGAUCAAGAUAAUGACAGCAUGCUUUCUUUAAGAGAAUUCUUUAUCGCACUUUAUCUUAUGGAACGGUACAGGGAAGGCCGUCCGCUUCCCUCUGUGCUACCAAGUGGUGUUUUUUUGGAUGAAGGGCUGUUGCCUGCCACUGGUCAAUUUGCCUCAGCGAACAACAAUGCAAGUUGGAAACCUAAUCCUCCUGGUGUACAGCAAACAAGAGUGAUGCCUCCUCCCCAACAAUCUACUCAUGCUGACAGAGCAAGGGUACCAAAUCAGGGACCUCUCCCUCUAGCGGAUGAGUCUAAACCACCUUCUCCACAGAAAUCCAAGGUUCCCGUGCUUGAAAAGAACCUUGUACACCAACUUAGUGAAGGGGAACAAAACUCACUAAACUCAAAGUUCCAAGAUGCAACAGAAGCAAAUAAGAAAGUGGAAGAACUGGAGAAGGAAAUAGUAGAGUCUAGACAGAAGAUAGAGUUCUACAGCUCCAAGAUGCAAGAACUUAUUUUAUACAAAAGCAGAUGUGAUAGCCGUUUUAAUGAGAUCACAGAAAGAGUUUCUGCUGAUAAGCGCGAGGUUGAAUCUCUUGCCAAGAAGUAUGAAGAGAAAUACAAGCAAAGAGGAGACGUGGCAUCUAAAUUAAGUAUCGAAGAGUCCACAUUUCGUGAUAUUCAGGAGGAAAAAAUGAACCUGUACCGGGCGAUUGUGAAAAUAGACCAAUCCGGGAAGCCUGACGCAAUUCAGGCUGAUGCUGAUCGAAUCAAACUAGAAUUGGAGGAGCUGAUGAAAUCCUUGAAUGAACGCUGCAAAACUUACAGCUUACGUUCAAAACCAACAACAUUGGUUGAACUUCCUUUUGGUUGGCAAAUUGGCAUUCAAGAAGGCACAGCUGAUUGGGAUGAAAGUUGGGAUAAGUUCGAAGAUGAAGGAUUCACGUUGGUUAAAGAGCUGACUGUAGACGUGCCAAAUGUUGUUGCACCUCCUAAGGAGAAAAUACUCCGGAAAAAACAAUCUUCAGUUACUGAUGAAACUGAGGUUUCAUCUACAGUUGCAAAUGGUAGUAAUAUUAAGAAAGUAGCAAGUUCUGAAGAAAAGGUUUCUAAUGAUGCUCAUAGCGAAGACGGUAUCAAUUCAAGUCCAAUCGGAAGUCCAUUAAGCAGGAAUGCAUCAGAAAGCCCAUCUAAACUGUCACAUACUUCACCCCGCAAUUUAGACAACCAGAGUGAACAUGGAGGUGCAGAUUCUGUUGCUUCUGGGGAGAAAGGUUUUGACGAACCAAAAUGGGGAAAUUUCGACUCUCAUUAUGACACUGACUCCCUCUGGGACUUCAAUUCUGGUUCUAAUAAGGAUAUGGACAAUUCAUUCUUUGAUUCUGGUGACUUGGGUCUACCUCCAAUCCGAACAGAUUUUACAUACAACGAUAAUAACAUGCCAAAGAAAAGUGCAUAUGCCUUUACAGAUUCCGGCAACUCUCCACAGUCCGAUACCUCGUUUCACAACAACAAGAAUUCGUUUGUGUUCGAUUCUGUUCCAAGCACCCCACAAUCUGAUAUCUUUCAGAACAACAAAACCACCUUUGCUUUUGAUUCCGUCCCUAGCAGCCCACAAAUCAACAAUCUAUUCGAAAACAAAAGUACAUUCCAGUUCGAUUCUGUCCCUAGCACACCAAUGUACGAAUCCGACAGCUUCUCGAGGUUCGAUUCAUUCAACGUGAACGAAACAGGGCAGUUUCAAGCUCGCGAUUCCUUUUCUAGAUUCGAUUCGUUUAGAAGCAAUGCAGAUUCGGAAUAUGGCCAGGGAUUCUUCUCUCAGCAAGAUUCGCUAGGAAGAUUUGAUUCGUUUAGGAGUUCUCGAGAAUCGGAGGAUUUGACAACACAACGGGAUUUUGGAAGGUUUGAUUCUAUUCGAAGCAAUAGAGAUUCUGAGUUUUCUGCUUUCGACGAUUCAUCCGACCCGUUUGGAUCCGGCCCGUUUAAGACAGACAGUCAAACCCCGAGGAGAGAUUCAGACAGCUGGAAGCCUUUUUAGGUUCGAAUUUGUGUUGUGGAAAUCGCUAAAUAGGUUGUUAUUUUUUUGUGGAGAAUUGAAACAUUAUAUACCACAUUUGAGUUUUUUUUUAAGUUGGUGAAUUCGCGUUGUAUUGUUUCUGCGGAUUUUUUUGCUCUGAUUUCUUGGAUUUUUCCAUUUUCGUUAUUUUUUUUUUGUUUUUAAUUCAAUUGCUUAUUUUGUAGACAAUGUGUAUAAAUACAAACACAUCUAUUGUAAACUACUACUACUACUUAUAGUCUUAUGGGUAGACAAACAUAUUAUUAUGUGUGCAAUGAGUUUUCACAUUUGUUAAA